AUGACGCCAGAGAGACAAACAGUGCCUCUGCAGAGCGUGGAUGUGCAGGUGGAUGUGAAGGACCAUGUUGCUACGGUGGUCUCAACUCUGCUCUACCAAAAUAAAGAGGAGAAACCCAUCGAGGCCGUGUUUGUCUUUCCCAUGUCCAGUGAGGCUGCCGUCUGCCAUUUCAGUGCCAAAGUUGGACAGACACUUAUUGUGGCUGAGGUGAAGGAGAAGAAACAGGCUCGUGAGGAAUACGAUGAUGCGCUGAGCUCCGGUCAACAGGCCUUUCUAUUGGAGGAGAGUGACCAGAGCCCAGAUAUAUUCUCUAUGAGUGUUGGCAGCCUGCCCCCAGGAGAGAGUGCGUCCAUCCGGCUGGAGUAUGUCACUGAGCUGGAUGUGCAGGCUGAUGACGCGCUGAGGUUUUGUCUUCCAGCGGUUCUCAACCCGCGGUACCAACCUGCAGGAACAGAAGGCAGCAGUGUGAAAGUGACAUCAGUCCCAUCAUCUUCUGUGCCUUAUGAUCUUACCUUCUCUGCCCGAAUGGAGUCACUGCGACCAGUUUCCAAAGUUGAAUCUAGCUGCACCAUGGAGCCAGUCAAUUACCUCAACGAAAAUCACACCAAGGCCUCGGUGAAGCUGGCAGCAGGACAUAAGUUUGACCGAGAUGUGGAGCUGCUCAUUUAUUACUCUGACAGUCACCAACCAUCAGCCGUAGUGGAGGCUGCUCAGGGCUCAGCCAAACCUGGCUCUUUGAUGGGAGACCCAGCGCUUAUGUUGAGCCUGUACCCAGAGUUUCCCAAAGACAUAAUGUCAUCGGUAUCGUCCACUGGAGAGUUUGUGUUUCUGUUGGAUCGAUCUGGAAGCAUGGACUGUAAUAUGAGUAAUAUGGGAACAUCAGUGUCUCGGAUUGCCAGUGCACGGGACACUCUACUGCUGCUGCUCAAGAGUUUACCCAUGGGCUGCUUCUUUAACAUCUACAGUUUUGGAUCCACCUUUGAACAAAUAUUUCCGGAAAGUGUGAAGUAUCGUCAGAAAACAAUGAAGAAAGCUCUGAAAAAAGUGGAAAACAUGAAGGCUAACCUUGGAGGAACAGAGAUCUUGGCACCGUUGAAAUGCAUUUACAGCCAGGCCUGCAUCCCCAACCAGCCGAGACAGUUGUUUGUCUUUACUGAUGGAGAAGUGGGAAACACCAAAGAAGUCACAAACCUGGUCAUGUCUAAUGCAGCCUCUCACAGAUGUUUUUCCUUUGGGAUCGGGGAAGGAGCCAGCACUGCUCUUAUCAAUGGUCUGGCAAAAGAAGGAGGAGGACACGCACAGUUCAUCUUAGGCAACGACAGGAUGCAGCCCAAAGUGAUUCAGUCUUUGCGCUUCGCCAUGCAGCCAGCAGUAGUUGACAUCUCUGUGAACUGGGACCUUCCUAAAGGUGUCUCUGCCACUGUCCUGUCCCCUCCUCUCACAUCCAUUUUCCAGGGACAACGGUCACUGCUCUACGUCCAACUGACUGGAAAGAGCAAAAAGGCAGCUGAGGGUUGUGUGACUGUCAAAUACAGUCUGGCAGGACAUCCCACUGAAAACAAACUCAACUUCAGCCUCCAACCAGUGGAGGACACAGGACUCACACAAGAAAAGGAGGACACCAGUCACAAGAAAGUUGACGCUGCGAAGAAGAAAGUAAUUGACCUCAGUGUUCAAUCUGGAGUCAGCAGUUCUUUCACCGCUUUCAUUGCUGUGAACAAAACCAGUGGAGAGGCCAUUCAAGGUCCCCUGCUGAGAAGAAAUGUCCCUCUUCCAGAGAUGGCCUGGAGCAAGCAUCUGCCCAUGCCUCUGCCCAUGCCUCUGCCCAUGCCCAUGCCUCUGCCCAUGCCUCUGCGCAAUGUCCAAAUGUGUUUCAGUCCUCUUCGUGUAGACUCAAGACCCGCGCCUACUUUCCCGUGCACGCGCCAGGUCAAAGGUGCGGAGGAGAGAGAGAAACCGUUGUCAAUAAUGGAGUUAUCGGAGAGCUCUUUUAUGAGUGGAUCAUCUGGUGAGGAAUAUAUUCCCCCUGCAGCAUCAUCAUCAAGGAGAAGCGCUCCAAAACGAAAACGUGCUUCUACCUCUCAAGCAACAUCUUCACUAAGCAGUAGCGCCCCGAAAAGAAAACGGGCAUCUACCUCUCAAGGCCGUGGAAGGGGUCGGGGGCAAGGCCCGAGGCAUGCUGGAUACGCUGCUGUAAACCUGUAUGAGGAUGAUUUAGCCCGUGUUCAGGAGCUUAUAACACAGAGGCGAAACUUUGAACGUGCACUCAUACAGAAUCUGUCUCCGGAACAAUGUAGGGACGUGCUGACAAAGGCGGUAGAUGGAGACCCAGGUGUUCUUUUCGACAUAAUCACUAACAAUGCACCUCCCGAAAGAAACAUCCACUGA